AUGGAGGCGGUAUUCUUACUGGUGGUUUUGUUACCGGUUGCGUUUGGGAGCGUUGAUUUAAACUCCAGUCGGAAGAAAGAAGUGUGCUUCCCUGAGAUUGGCUGUUUCAACUACGACUACCCGUUCCUUGACCCGCCUCGUCGACCCCUCAGUUGGGCACCACAAUCCCCCCAAAUAGUGGACCCAAAGUUCAACCUCUACACCCGCAAGAAUCCAGACAAGAAAGACGGCCAGCUGUUGGUUCCCACGGACCCCGUCACGAUUCAGAAUUCGUAUUUCGACCCGACUAAGGAAACUAAACUCAUCUGUCAUGGGUUUAUUGAAAGCGGUCUGAUCGAAUGGGACAUGUGGAUGACCGACAUGGUCAGAGAGUUUCUGAAUCAUGACGAUUUCAACGUUAUCCGUAUCACGUGGGGUAAAGGUUCACUGUUCCCGUACACACAGGCUAUGGCAAACACCAGGGUUGUUGGGGCUAUGACGUCACUGCUCAUCGAUAAAAUAAAGGAGGUGUACGGCAUCGGAGCAGAAACAUUCCAUUUUAUUGGGCAUAGUCUUGGGUCCCACAUUGGUGGGUAUGUUGGUGAACGGCAAGCGAACUUGGGCAGAAUCACUGGAUUGGACCCAGCUGGUCCCGGCUUCGAGGAAGUCCAACCGGAAGUUCGUCUUGACCCAACGGAUGCUCUGUUUGUUGAUGCCAUCCACACUGAUGCUCAACACACUCUGGACUUUGGAUUCGGAAUGAUAAAACCCGUUGGCCAUAUGGAUUUCUACCCAAAUAGUGGACAACAUCAACCAGGCUGUGAUCAGUCGCUAAUCGAGGACUUUUUGGACGAAGGUGUGAUUGGAGGGGUUGUGCAGUUCGUAGCAUGUAACCACUUAAGGGCACAUGAACUCUUCUCCGACUCUAUCAACAAGUGUCCUAUAUAUGCAUUCAAAUGCCCAAUGGCUGGUGCUACAUACGAAGACAAUUUCCUGAAUGGCGAAUGUUUCAAUCGUAACGACUUGGCCAUGAUGGGAUACCAAGCAAUUGACUACAAACCACUGCCUGGUGUUCAGCAACAGGUUUACUACACAAUAACUACAGCGUCAUCACCUUUCUGUGCAAAUUCACCGUUCCGUAUUCACGUCUACUUCAAAGACCCUUGGUUUUCCGAGACGUUUUUGGGCUGGGGUUACGUAACUCUCAUCGGUAGUUCAGGUAUAACGCAACGAACCCCGCUUAACCCAGAAAGUUUAGACUUCGUCCCAGGCACCGACAUGAACUUUAUCAUCAACACUGACAUUGACCCCGGUGACCUUUCUGGUUUGACCUUCUACUGGGAAUAUGACUUUGAACUUCUGAACCCCUGGGACUGGCCAAUCUUUGAAGACCUAGAAGUCUUCAUAGCCAAGAUCGAAGUGGAUGGACUUGUUUUACAAAAAAGUUACGUCAUGUGUAACAGCAAGCCAAAGAAAGGAAUCAACUCAAAGAAAGAAGCUCACUUCUACAAAUCAAAUUGUUAAUAAGAACUACAGUCUA